AUGGGCCCGUCGAAGGGUGAACCCGACUCCGGUCGGAGGGACUACUGGGGCGUCGUCCUCACGCAGGAUGAGUCCGAGGCCGUGUUCGAUCACUCGAUCCACAGCGUCUAUCGCCGCACCGCCGUCGCCGGAACCGCGCAGGAUGAUAAGUCCGAUCUCAAGUUUAAGGGAGGCCAUAUGCCUGACCUCACUUCUAGAUCCCGCUUCCGACAUUCCGUCGAUGACUCGUUUCGGCACACGAAGCGUCCCGGAAAGGAGAAGGGCAACGUAAAGAACGGCCUAGAUGACAAAGAUCCUUACAAAACGGAGGGUAUUCCGGCCAAUGUGACCGAACAGAGACAUGUGAAGGACACGAUCUCUGGAAGGACGAUCGAGGCUGCCCGGAUACUCCCUGGCGCUGCUGUUGGUCGCCCAUGUGAAGGCUAUAUGCCCUAUAGCCCAUCGGAAGACCUGAUAAGCAACCUUAUCAUCUUCUGGCGGGAUCCUGCUCUUUGCGACUACACCGACAAGGAGAUCCAAAAGUUGCUGGUUCAAGAGCAGAAGCAUGGCAUCCUAACAUCGUCGAUUGCUAAGGCCUUCAAGAAGUCCAUGGACGUACUUAAGGAGGAACACGGGCUCCGUCCCAAUGUUCAGUUGCCGAUUGAUGGUAUCAAGAGGGUGAUCAAGGUCGACUGUAGCGGAGGAGUCGUGGUUUCGAAGAAGGAGACGGCAGAGAUCCACAAGAUGGCUGUCGCGAAUUCCGAAGUCAAGACGCAAAAGCUGUCGCCGGAUAUACAGUCUGCGCUGGACCGGCUAGGUACUGAUCUCCGGGAGGAGUUCCACCGGUUGUAUCUACUUCGUGACCGGGAGGAUCCCGUUCCCGACUCGGCGAUGCCCCUGAAACGACCAGCAUCCCUACCUCCGCAGGGCAUGAAAUACUGGAGAGAGACUCGUGGCCCGAAGCGCUUGAAGGCUGACACUGCCCCCUCGGCCACACCCAGCUACAACAGCAGUACUACAAUUAUCUGCGAGAAACCGAAUGUGGCGAGGCUGACAGGCAAAGUUGGAGGCGAGGGCACCACGCUCAUGAAGAAGUCGCGCACUGAGGGCAAGUCGUGGGAGGAUACAGCCAAGCUGCUGGCAACCAAGCUAGACGAAUCGAUCUCUGCCAAUACCGUGCAGCAGCUAUAUCCGCCUAGCCAUCAGGCUGUCGAACCUGUGCCGCAAGCCACCAUUACCAGGCUGAGCAGCAACGCUGCACAACCAGUUCAAGCAGAUGGAGCUCGUCAAGGAGACGUCUUCCCUGUGGCCGGCAGUGCCGACAUGGAGGAACCUCACCGACCGUCCGGCAAGCUUACGCCGGCUAGACGACCAUGA